UUCAUUCCAUAUUGCCAUAUUCAACAUUAAUCCUAUCACCGUACGGACUGCCGAACAGGGGAUUUUCUGCGAAAGGUCUCGUACCCUGUGAGUAAUCGCUCUCUGAUCGCAGUUGUCGUCCCUGAGUCUGACCUCUUGGUUCAAUUUCCUCGAAGCUUUUGUCAAAUACGGGCUAAAGGAUCUAUACACCAGAGGCCUGACUGGAAUGCCAGGACCUUCAUUGCUCCACAACUUGUUAUUGGCCUUCAGGGGAUGCCCAUUCCACAACCCAUUGUACUUAAUUCUUAAUCAUGGAGAUGAUGCACACCUUCUUCAAGUCCCCCUUCUUUAACUUCGAGUACCUUCGCCUUCUCGCCAUGGCGCCCCACGAGGGCGCCGAGAUCGGUGAGGCCCUCGAAGCAGCCGCCAAAAUCAAGGAUCUUGAUCCGGAAUCGUGGUUCAGCGCCUUCCUCGAUGCCGGUAACAAAGCAGAAGCGAUCGCUCAGGAGGCCGAGCAGGCAGGCGACCGUGUAUCCGCGCGUCGUGCCUACCUCCGGUCUUCCAACUACAUCCGCGCGGCGCAGUUCAUGCUCAACGAGGGCCCAAUUGGGCACGAUCAGCGCGUUCUUCCAAGUAUCGAGCACGCCAUUGCAAACUUUCGAAAGGGCGUCCAAUAUCGCGAUGGGAAGACGUUCUUUCUGGAGAUACCGUACGAAAAUGGGCUCAAGUUGCCCGGCUACCUCUACCUGCCCGAAGCUGCCAGGCGCAUUCCGGGUCGCAAGAUUCCUAUCCUACUAAACUCUGGGGGAGGCGAUUCGACGCAAGAGGAGAUCUACUUUGUCAACCCGGCAUUUGGGCCCGAACUCGGGUAUGCCGUGGUCACCUUCGAAGGACCUGGUCAGGGAAUUGUGCUUCGUCGCGACAAGCUACCGAUGCGCCCAGACUGGGAAGUGGUCACCAGUGCGGUCCUGGAUCACCUCUUUGACUUCGCCACCCGCCAUCCCGAGCUGGAGCUCGACUUGGAUCACAUUGCUGUCACCGGGGCCUCGAUGGGGGGAUAUUUUGCCCUGCGUGCGGCCGCCGACGCACGGAUCAAGGCUUGCGUGAGCGUCGACGGAUUCUACAGUUUAGCCAGUUUUGUCGGCGGCAGAAUGCCCGGGCCUCUCUUCCACGGCUUCAUGAACGGCUGGCUGUCCGACGCAGUCUUCAACGGCAUUUUGCGGUCUCUCCAGCGAUUGGACUUCCAAGCGCGAUGGGAGUUCAAUCAUCUAAAGUGGGCCACCGGCACUACCACCGAGGCCGACAUCAUGCGGAGUUUCGGCGACUAUACACUACUCAACCCAGACGGAACCGAGUAUCUUGCCAACGUAAAGUGUCCCACGUUGGUCACUGGGGCCGGAGCGAGCUGGUAUUUCGACCCAGCGACCACCACCGACAAGAUUUACGACUGCCUGACGAGUCUAACACCGGGUGUGGACAAGGAAAAGUGGAUCGCCCAGGACAUCGCCCACGGAGGGCUCCAGGCCAAAAUCGGGGCGUUCGGUUACUCGGCGCACAGAACCUUCCAGUGGUUAGACGCCAAAUUCGGGAUUGAGAGAGUGCCAUUGGGGGCGAAAUCCGACUUGCGUGAGCUGGUCCUGUAGUCUGGCAACGGUCACGUAGUCUUGGGGGAUACUGAUCGUGAGGAAAGCGAUUCGAAAGAGACAUUCAAUUUUCG